AUGGAGACCCAACUCGAUCUUACCAAGCUAUCCGAGAACGACAAGAAGGAGCUCAACCAGGUCCUGAACAACGAAGCUCAGAAGGGCAACAUCCAACAGACCGUCCACCACCUGAACGAGGUCUGCUGGCAAAAGUGCAUCACCAGCAAGAUCACCUCCGGCACCCUCGACAAGUCUGAGGAGGCAUGCGCACAGAACUGCGUUGACCGGUGGAUGGACACAAGCUUGUCCAUCCUGCAGAAGCUGGAGAACAUGCGCGGCCACUAA